UUCUGAGAAUUCAAUCGAGUUAUGUGGUUGAUGAAGGAAUAGUGAUAGAUGCUACAGAUAAAGCAACGAGAAAGAUAAGGUUUGCCAUUUUAUCCACAUAAAAAUUAUUUAGAAAAAGUCUCAUAAAGCAAGUAUUUCAAGAGAUGUUAUGCUCUUUGUGCGAAACAGAGAAGCUUCGGCGGGAGUUUCAGACGAUCGAUAUAUGCAAAAACAAACACGUUGAAAGAUUCUGCUUACGAUGCAUCGCAGAUUACAUCGAUAGAAAACGUUGCUGUCCAGUUUGUAACCAGGAUAUUUCAAAGACCAGCAAUAACUUCAUAACUUGCCAGGAAAAACUUAAGUGGUUGUUUCCAGAACUUGAAGAUGAUAAAGACGAAGUUCAAACAGCAAUUCACGAUACAGUUGGUAUCUCGAAAAUACGGGUAGUGAUGCUUGGAGGAGAAACUGCUCUUGUGCCAUUCUGCUCGACAAUGAAAGURAAGGAUUUCAAAACGUCUGUGAAGGAAAAGUUCAAUGUUGAAUGUGAGAUGCAGAAAUUGUUGUACAGAGACCAAGUKUUAGAGAGCUACCAGUCAUUCAAUGCCAAGAAAAUGAGUGAUUACAAGGUGCAAGCAGAAGGGACRAUCCAAUUGGUCAAAAUCUUAAAGACACUUUCAUCAUCGGUUGAACAMGUGAUCUUUGAUUUUUCUUGGGGAUUUCCUAAUUCUUUUUGCCCAGACUUCCUCGACGCUUCMGCCUUGCUGUACUCUGGAGGUAAUUUCAUCGAGUAUGUGGAUUUCAGAAAUCCUACGUCCUGGCAGGCGCUCGGAGCUGUAAGACAUUCUGGGCAUGCACAGAGAGAAGGCGACCGUGGUCGACAUCGCAUGAACGUUCAACUAACCAGUCUCCCCUUCCAUAUCAACAAAGUUUUCUUCACUCUCAGUAGCUGGAAUUCUCCAAGCAUUGCAAAUUACCGAAGCCCAAGAUURCAAUUUUACGAUACAYGUUAUCCAGACAAGCAGCUYUGUAGUGAGGAGUUUGGGCGCGCAAUUCACCAUGAGGCAGUGAUAAUGUGUAGUGUUUGUCGUGGAUCUGAUGGCAAAUGGACGGUGUACAGUCUUGGCGAGCCUUCUUCUGGUAAUUGUAAGCGGGAAAGAUAUUAUCUUUUGAAARGCACUAUUGAGGAUAUCAUUAGAAGGGGAAUCUGUUAAAAUGUCAACUGAUCGAAUUAGGCAAAUUCUCUAUUGAAGUGAAUAUUGGCUUUAGAAAAUCUGGAUCAUGAACUAUCAAUUGUAUUUUUGGUGUAAAACCUCCGAGAUACUAUGUAUCAGGGAAGAUAGCCCUAGUGUCGACCUUUUAAUUUUUUUAAGCAUGUAAGACGUUUGUUGGAAAAUCACUUCAAAUAAUUAAUAAAGUAUUGUGAUCCUAAA